AUGGAUGAUGAAAUGACUGUAAAUCUCUUCAGAAAACCUGAUCUGUCGAAAGAUUUGAGAACUUUGGGGACUAUUGAGGCAGCAUUCAUGGAACAAAAAGCACCUGAAAGUAGUCAGCGUUCAACAAAAUUAACCCAUGAUUCCGCAGUAAAAACCCAUUUAAAAAUAGCAGAUGAGCAACAAUCAAUUGAAGAAAUGUUCGCAGAAGCAGGGAAUUAUGCCAUUCAUCCAGAUAUACUGCAGAGGCGCUCCAACAGAAUGUCAAUUUCAAAAUUAUCGGCCAUAAGCGAGGAACGAAGCGGUUGUGCCAGUGGUUCCUUGAUGAUUCCAUCCCACAAUGUAGAACUCACGAAGUCAGCACAACCUUCAGCGGGUGAUAACCCAUUUCUGUUAACGUGUACUGUUGCUGCUGAAAAUGACAAUGACAUAGAUACAGACGUUCUUGUCGACAAACCAUCUGAAUGUCCACAAUCCUCGCAUCUCACACUCCAUGGCACUUCGUUUACCGAGAAAUUUUUGAGUAAGGCGAUGCGCGAUUUCUCAAGCACAGUGCCAGUUCCACCUCCGCGUUCAGUACAUCACGAAACAGAUGAAACGACCGUAUUACAAGAAGCAACUCUCAACGAAAGUGAACAGACUCAUCUUCCUCCUGCUUCAAAGAAAACAAAGUUUGAAGUUUAUGUGGAAGAGGCCCAACCAAUAAAGCAAACUGCACCAUUUGCUGUUUACAGUGAUGAGAAUGUCAUACCACCUUCCGAUGUUUUGAAAAAAAGAUUAAGUAUGGAGCGGGAUUUGGACUGUCAAAAGAAUGCGGACAUUCACGAUGACGACAUCUAUAGAUCUCAGUCAGCAUUCAGGAAGCCUGCGAUACCUACUCAUUUUCGUCGUUCAUCUUUUUUUGGAAAAGCUGAAACUACGUCACUUGAACAUGAUGACGAAACAUCAAUAGAGCAAAAACGGAAGUAUGAAGGAAUUAAACCUUCUCUUCCUGAUCGUAAUGACGAGGAAACACUGGCAGGUUUGAAUAAAAUGGCUAAAACAGGAGCAGUAACAUCUACACCAGCAAGUAAUUUUGCCCCUCCAAUCGAAGAUCCGAUUGAAGAAUCGUUUCGUCCACUUCCUUCGAACGAAGCUGAUCCUUUUUUCCAAAAACCGGCUUUUGAUGAAGCUAUCGCUGCAAACACUGCUUUUGGAAGACGAAUGAGCAUGUCCGAACAACGUCGAGAUAAUUUGAUAAAGUUGUCGCAAAAAAUUGGUGUUGAAAAUAUUGUUGGAUGUAAGAAAGUGGGACUGGGUGUUAACAGUAAUCUUAAUGAGGAAUUACGUCGACUCUCUAUUGCUGCAAAUGAUGAGGAUUCAAAUGAAAUUCUUCAUGAAGGCUUGAAAUUGCACGCUGACUCCGAAGUAAAUCCUUGGGAUGAAAAAUUACGAGACAAAAUUAUGACUAACCAAUGUUUCUGCCCAGCGAAUGUUCACGAAUUCCCGGAAAGAUGCAAUCGCCUCAGUCCUGGUACUGCUAUGGUUUUAGGAGGUGAACGUUUUGAUAUUGAAUGUUUGAUCGGUGAAGGCGGUUUCGCUAAAGUUUAUAAGAGUAAAUCGGAAGACGGCAACUUUUAUGCAAUAAAGUUUGAAAUGCCACCAUGUAAAUGGGAAAUUUAUGCUUGCGAAACACUGCGUAUUCGAAUUCCAAAGGCGAUGCUUGAUGGCGUAAUGAAUAUCCGCGAUGCGUACUUAUUUUCGAAUGCAAGCGCUAUUGUUUAUGAAUAUCACAAGCAUGGGAACCUUCUUGACAUGAUGAAUAAGUUACAAGCCAAGAAUAUGUCAUGCUCAGGUCUUUUAACAGUCUAUCUUGCCUGGCAGAUCAGUCGAAUUCUGGAGGCAGUUCAUAACGCUCAAAUAAUACACGGAGAUGUUAAACCGGAUAACUUCAUGAUCCUCCAUCGCUUAAACGAAGAUGCUGCACUGGAACAAAUUCUCGAAAAAAAAUCUUUCACAUUAAAAUUGAUUGACUGGGGACGUGCCAUCGACAUGAACUCCCUGAAAGGAUGCACAUUCCGAGGAAAAGCUGGCACAGUCGCUUUCGAUUGUUCUGAGAUGCAGGAUGGUCGACCAUGGACAUACCAAACAGAUUUCUAUGGUUUUGUUUCAACGCUUCAUGUUAUAAUAUAUGGAAAGUAUAUGAAGACGUACCGGAAUACUGCAGGACGGUACAGCGCAACAUCUGUGAUGAAAAGACGUUGGCCCCAGCGAGAGUUACUAGAAGAUAUAUUCGACAUGUGUUUGAACAUACUAGAUUGUGAAUCGGUCCCCAAAUGGUCAACAAUAAUUGAUGGUCUUGAGAACAAUAUUAGGUACUGGAUAACGGAGGACCGAAAGUUAUGGAAGCAGGCAGCUCGAGAACUAAACGCCGGCAUCACACCGUGA